AUCCGACAUACAUCCGGAUAAAAAAUUCGGAGAACUACUGCAAGAAAAUCCUUGCCCGUGGUGAUCAUGGACGAAGGCGGCAGCGGCUGGAGCGACGCACUCCAGGCGGGAUACGUGACGUUCUGCCAAGGCAUUCAAGACUCCCUCUCGCUCCACCGUAUCCUCCUGCUGUACAUCCAGUCGCCGAUCGUGCGCAAUCGAACCGUGAAAUGCGUCAUGGUUAACGGCAUCAUCUUCCUCGGCAGCAUUUUCUUCUUUGACCACAUCGUGAUCCCGAUCAUCCACUUGCUUGGACUCGCUCUCAAGCACCAGGAAGAAGCGAAAGGGGCGAACGACAGCAGAAGUUUUCGCGACACCAUCGACACCAUGGUGUUUGUCAUCUACCAGGGGCUGUGGAUGUACCCUAUCUACUGCGUGAGCUUCAUCUUGAAUGCGAUAUGGUACCAAGAGCUUGCGGAUGAAGCGUACCUUCAAACCCACGGGAAGGCCCGCCCCGCGCCCGUCAAGGACAUGCUCAUCGACGAAGUGUACCGCGCUAUCUUGGUCUUUUUCUUUGUCGUGCAAACGAUGCUCUCGUACUUUGUGCCACUGGUCGGGCCAUACCUGAGCUUUGUACACACGAGCUGGCUGUACGCGCUCUACUGCUUCGAAUACAAGUGGAGUCUACACGGAUGGAGCAUCGAGAAGCGCCUCGUGUACAUGGAGAAGCACUGGGCUUACUUUGUCGGGUUUGGGUGUCCGUUUACGCUGGCCACGUACUUUGCGCCGAAUUUCGUGAACAAGGGGAUCUUUGCCCUCCUCUUUCCAUUGUUUUUGCUCCUGGCUACCGUGUGCGGCCCGUCGACAGACGUUGAGCCGUCCAAGCUGCCCUUGUUCGGACCAUCGCGAUGGCUCACGCUGCAGUUUGUCCGGCGGCUGAGCAAUUUUACAGGAAUGAAGCACCGCUCGCAGCCACCUCGCAAGGCGAAUUCUCCCCACGUCCACAUGCGGCGUUGACCAGAUGCGUCGGAAUCUGCCACACGGUGAAAUCGGUCGUGUUACGAUAACAAUCCAUGCGAUGCGGGGCACCCCCUGGCACAUUGCGCUAGAACAUCACCAAGUGAACAACGAGGCUGGAGGAUAGCUGUUCGACAGGUUGUCGGGAAAACUGCGGAUGCAAGACGAAAUCAGUUUGCGUGACAUGUCCAUCUUUGCGAUGUUGGCGGUCCGCAGAGCUUCUCUCUCUUCUCUCGACGGCAUGACGAGAGGAUGCAUCGGCAACGAACCCCUCAACGUCCUGUCAAAUAUGCGAGGGAUCGACGCGGGAGGCACCUCCGUUGCAAUGUUGGGAUGUUUGCCAUGGACGGCGGUCGAAAUGUGCUUCUUGUUGGGCAUCUUGGACACGGGGGUCGUGUAGUUGGCGGCUGGCGCUGCAACUUUCCGGCACUUGGCGUUGAGUGCUGUGGCAGAUCGGCGAGAGAUCGAAGUUCCUCUGUCAGGAACGUUCGGUGGCGCUUCGUCCGCGGUGUCCGCGGGCCGCUUGAGAGGAAGAAGUCUGCAGCUUUGGCGAUCCCCGCCACUGGUCGUUUCCACUUUCACCGAAGAUAUCCCAGCAACAUCUUGCGACAUCACUUGGAUCAUCGGAGGGGAUACGGCUGCAUCUGCGCUGGAUGGUGCUUGUGCAUCAACCACACGAGGGGGAGAGGAGCGUGGGGUAAGUCGGGAAACAGAGUUCACGGCCACCUUCUUGUCGCUGGACACGGCGUACGCAGAGUCAAGGGCUCGAGGCAGAGGCACGAAGGCACGCCGGGACGGCGUCGCCGCUGACAUGGCAUAGGCGACCGCGAAAUUCAAAACAGCCUUUUCGUCUUUUGUGUGCAUAAGGCCUCGUUUCUUUUUGCGGGGUUUGUCUUCUUUCGUGGAAUUAGGAGCCUUGUUCUCGAUGGCAUCCGUGGUUACUGACGCGUCGCCGUGAAGAGGAUGCUCUCCAACAAGUGCAUGCUUGCGAGGGAGCGACAAAGGCGUUGAAGGGGAGAUAUCGGAGGCGUUCAUUGCAUCCGCGCCCAAUUCAGCUCCGUGUUUGAAGGGCACAGCCAUACGAGAGCGGGAUCGUUGAAAGCUGCUCCGGACGUUAUGGGCGGUGUACGUGGUCUCCACAUCGGAUAAGUUUGAUGGUGCGUGUGUAGGGCUCGACGGCGCUCCUCUUCGCGAGUGCAGUUGCGACUGUGAUGGACUCAUUGGGAUUCGUGUACGAGGGGGAGAUUGUAUCCUUUCAGCAGGUUGCAGCUCGAUUGGUGUAUGGACUGGAGUUUUCGCUUCAGAACCCUCCACAUGACUGAGGCCGAUUCUCUUUGAAGCAACCGUCCCAACUCGUGCCGCAUUCAUCUGCUCAAGAGAUAUAUUGGUGUCACCAGAUAUACGGCGCUUGGUGCGCGGCUUGGGAGGGACACAACGAUCUUUCGACAACACAGUUGAACGCUUGGGAGCCGUCUUUCCCGCCAGAGACCGGCAAUCUUUCGCACCAGUGACCUUCCCGUCCACCGCGCGACGACGGGGCUCGUAAGGUGGAACACUUGAGCUCUGUGACGAAGGUCGAUAGCGCAUCGGACCGCGUCGGUAUGCCAAUUGGUCUCUGUCCAUGCUGGAAUUGCAGCACGAAUGUCAAUCUUCGAA